GCUCACCAUAUUGCGAAAGAAGAUUGGGUUAAGCAACUGUAUCGUGAUAUGGAGGCUGAUGAUGUUCCCUUAGUGUCAUUCAGUGGACUUUGGGACGUUCCAGACCAGCGGAGUGGCUUUCGAGCUUUGGUUCAUCAAGUACCUUGUUUGAAUGAAGCAGGCCGCUCGUCCGGUCGACUUUGAAUCUAAUGGCUGUCAAUGAAAGCCGCCAGUGACGUUAUACUCCGAUAGACACGAUAGAAGAGUACACAGAGUUCAUCCAUCGAACUAUCAUAGUAACGCUCCCACCCCUGCCGCCGACCCUCUAGUAUUAAUACCUGGAUGCCGUCCUCGAACAGGAGGAUUCUCCCAUACCAAGGAACGACAUGGCUAUCCUUCAAAGUCUCUCACUACCGCCCUUUAUCCUCGGGAUAUUCGGAACACUGUGUUAUCUGUAUUGGCGAUUCAUUCGCUCCGAGUCGGCUCUAGGCCGCUAUGAACGUCUCCCCCUCCCCCCAGGACCUCCUGGUUUUCCUGUCAUAGGAAACCUGCUCGAUUACCCGAAGGACAGACCAUGGCUGGCGUACAAGGAAUUGAGCAAGAAAUACGGCGACAUCGUCUCUCUGCGGAUCUUCUCCCAGCAGCUGAUAAUUCUCAAUGAUUACAACACCGCCAUCGAUCUUCUGGACAAGCGAUCUUCGAUAUACUCGUCCAGACCACCCACGCCCAUGUUCAGGCUGACUGGAUGGGACUGGGCCCUCGGAAUGAUGCCCUACGGUCCAUGGUGGCGGCGUCACAGGAGGGCAUUCUGGCAAGAGUUCCACUCGGACGUCGUAGGCAGGUACCAUUCCAACCAGGAGGAAAGCGCUCGCCGUCUGCUAGCCAGGCUUUUGAAGAGCCCUCAGCACUUCACGGAGCAUAUAGAGUACUCCGUCGGCGCCGCCAUCAUUGAAUCAUGCUACGGGCUUCCCGUAGCAGAGGAAGACGACAAGUACAUAGCCCUCUUCAAAGAAACGGCUUCCACGAUCAACCUGACUACUCCUGGCUCUUCAAUGAUCCUCGAAUCGUUUCCCGUACUAGCCCGCACCCCGACUUGGCUGCCUGGAACGAGCUUCUUGCGCCGUCUUGCACGAACUCGCCAAAUGACGGCGGACAUGCGGGAUAUUCCGUGGAAGGACCUUCAAGAGGCGAUGAACACAACAGGGAUAAAAGUUAGCGCUGCGAGCUCGAUGAUGGACAGAUUCUCGAACAUUUCCGGCGGAUCUACUUCCGAUGACGAAGACAUCGCAAGGAACGUCGUUGCAACACAUUCUGCCACUGUUGCAUUUGUGAUAGCGAUGGCGCUCUACCCGGACGUACAGGCAAAGGCACAAGCGGAACUCGAACAUGUCUGUGGGAAAUCCCGGCUCCCAGAAAUGGCGGACAUGGAUUCGUUGCCAUACAUUCAAGCGAUUAUGAGAGAGGUACUACGGUGGCAUGCAAUAGCUCCGCUCUCCCUGCCCCACGUCGCCAUCGCAGAUGACGAGUACAAUGGUUACUUCAUACCCAAGGGCUCGCUCAUCAUCGCUAAUGCUUGGGCAUUCCUGCAGGACCCUGAAGUAUACCCUGAGCCGGACAGAUUCAUGCCAGAGCGCUUCCUGAAAGAUGGAAAAUUCGUCGUUGAUAUAAGGGACCCAGCAACUAUUGCGUUUGGAUUCGGCCGACGAAUCUGUCCGGGGCGGCACUUUGCUACCUCUGCGCUGUUCAUUUUCAUUGCGUCUAUCUUGCAUACCUUUGCGAUCAAAUCACCGCUCGACGAACAUGGCCUCCCCAUCAGAAGCGAGCUCAGGCAGACCACAGGACUCAUAUCGUUCUUGGAAGGCUGCGAUUGUAAGAUCACGCCACGGUCCGAGUGGGCAGAAGCUUUGAUCAGGAGCUAAGUAGGGAUUAGACGUCGGGACGUCCCGCAGACCGAUGGAUGGUCUUCUGUCCCUUGUACCAAAGCACCUGAUGAGGAGUUCUCGUAUGCGAGUACACGUAGUGUUACAUAAUAUAGGUGAAACGACUGAGUGGCCAUGGCAUCGAUUCAGCUACACGCUGAUCAAGCCACAUCGGUCGGUGCGCCGUGAGAUAAUCGAAUUUGGGCAUCUUCCUCGAUUCUGCUGACAUCGGGCGAAGCACGAAUGACGGCGAGGGUCUCAUCGUCGAAGAUCCCGGAGUACGAGUUGAGGAACGAGUAGUCGUUCUCGAUCCUGGACUGCUCGGAAAGGCGUUCGCGCAACCAUUUGAGGUGGGCUUCCCUGUCGACUCCAUCCUUCAAUGCCACGAUAUAGCUCGAGUCUCUCUUCUCGUCGGCGGCCCGUGCGAUGUCAACGGUGUUGGUUUGCGUCAUGAUAGGACGGUGUGCU